AAUCCUUUUGAGUUUGGUCGCAACUCCUCUUUCCCUCAUUCUCUCCCUCGAUCUGUUUUCCUUCCCUUCCUCCCUCGUCCCAGCCCCAUUUCUCGCCGGCGACGUGAUUCCUCUCUCCGGCGACGAACCUGCAGCCGCGACAUUCGGCGACACUCAUAUUUUUCGAGGCUUCCCAAACUUCUACCAAAACAUUCCACGAGGAAACGGAGCUCAACAAGCAGACCGGCGGGCGAACUCUGUUUCCGCACUGGCGAUUUGCUUCCUUGAGGCUCAACAAUCCGAAUAUCCCAACGGUAAUCCGAUUCCCAUGUUCUUCCAACUCCUUGAGGCCCAACCAGCCGCGACGUACACUAGUUUUGUAAUUGUCGUCUGUAGAUAUUGUCAUGAACGUGUGUUUUGCAACUUGCAACUGGGUGUCGCGACUGAAUUCUCACAGGACACUCCAUUUCUAGUGUUUGUUUGUAAGCACUAUGCAUCCUAUGGGUUGAUUUUCGCUAGAUCUAUAAUGGGUACCUUGAAUCAGCAAAACAUAAAAAUUAGGGACGGGACAUAGACCAGAAGCUAAACAGUAGAAGAAAUUUUGCAUUUUUCGAAAAUGUAGAUUUGAACCACUUCCUCUAAAUUUAGCGCAAGAGCCAAAAGGUCUGCAGAAACUUGUUCGGAUGCUCCAAAUUGGAGAUGAAAUGCCAGACUCAGCCUCCCUACAGAAGAAAUCACUGAGGUCAAAGGUAGCAACUAGAAAGAAAUGGACCUCUGGGUGGUGUCAUUGAUGAUGAUCCUCCUUUGUCUCGUAGGGAGCUGUUGUUCUGCAACUUCUAACCGCCUGAUUGCUCUGACUUGUAGAGAUAAAAUGUUCUUUUAGGCUCAUUGUUUUGAACAGUAGAACACUGGGAAGUUGGGAAGUCAAUCAAUAAAAACCGCAAGACGGAGUCGACACAGCGCCGGAGCUGGCGGCCGAGCUUCCGUUCAGCACCAUGAGCAUUCUCAAACCGAAGCUUAACGCUUAUCUCUGCAGAAGAGAGCCUGUGCGGACCCUGCAAUUUCGCACUUUUUCAGCUUACACCGAGAGCGAGAUCGAGAAGGAGGCUGAAAGAAAAGUAGGAUGGUUAUUGAAACUAAUCUUUGCUGGGACUGCCACAUUUCUGGGAUACCAGAUUUUUCCAUACAUGGGGGAUGACUUGAUGCAGCAAUCUGUGGCGCUCUUACAAGUCAAGGAUCCAUUGUUUAAGAGGAUGGGAGCAUCUAGAUUGGCUCGUUUUUCGAUAGAUGAUGAAAGAAGAAUGAAAAUAGUGGAGAUGGGUGGAGCUCAAGAGCUCUUAAACAUGUUGGGGGCUGCCAAAGACGAUCGCACACGUAAGGAAGCUUUGAAGGCUUUACAUGCCAUCUCACAUUCAGAUGAAGCUGUUGGUGCUCUGCAUAAAGCAGGGGCAAUCUUGGUUAUCAAAUCUGCACCGAAUUCAGUUGAAGAUGUGAAAGUGAACGAGUACAAGUCGAACCUAAUGAAGAGAUUUGAAGAUCUUAGGUAUGAUGUCUCAUCUUGACAGGUAAGAGUUUUGUUUAUUUCAUUUGUUGUUUGGUGUGGGGUAUCAAGAAAGAAGCCAUGAAACCUCUAAAGAUACACAAGGAUUAUGAUAUGAAGCCGUACUUUAGAAGGGUAUGAACUGCAUUCGCUUCAGAUGAGUGGUGGAAAUUCACAACGGCAUCCCUCACGACAUAAGAUUGAAUGAUCCAAACCUUCCUCUUCGGAGUGGAAACGGACGGGAUUUGUACAUCUUAUAAGUCUGUUUUACAUUCUUGGAAACGGGUUUUCUCAUGUCUAGAUACUUGAUAAGUGGUCAUAUUGUCUUCGCAAGUACCGCUCCUGCUUAACAAUGGGGGAUUGCUGGAGAGGUCAUGGAAAGGACUGAGAUGCUGAAACUAGUUUUGUUAUGCUCUUAGGAAUAAAAUUGAUGCAUCACCCUUUUGCUCAUGUUUUCA